AUGUUUUCAUUCAAGCAGACCAAGCUCAUUCGGCCACCCCCUGGUAUCGACCCGCUCGAAACGCGGGUGGCAAGCACCACCUAUCUCUACGGCCUGACGGCCUUUGUAUCCCUCGGAGCUUUCCUGUUUGGAUACGAUCAGGGUGUCAUGGGUGUGAUCGUUGCGGAUAAGCGCUGGCUGGAUCUCAUGCAGCCAGCAAACUCCUGGGUGACAGGUACGGUCGUAUCUCUCUAUGACAUUGGAUGCUUCAUCGGGGCCAUGUCUCUCGGCUAUAUGGCGGAUCCCAUCGGUCGCGAGCGAACUCUGGCGGUUGCUUGCUUUGUGUUUAUUGUUGGCGCGAUCAUCCAAGUUACGUCGUACUCAAUUACACAAAUUACUAUUGGCCGAGUCGUCCUAGGCUACGGCGUGGGUGCAUGUGCUGGUGGCGUGCCCCUAUAUGUCGCCGAACUUUCUCCACCUAAUAUUAGAGGGCGAAUUGUGGCGAUCGAACAGAUGAUCUUGUGUCUGGGAGAACUAGUUGCCUUUUGGUUAAACUAUGGUUUCAACUUUCUCGAGACGGAUGACUGGUGGCGGAUCCCACUGGCUAUUCAGAUCCUACCUGCCGCAAUUCUCGGUGUUGGAUGUUGGCUUUGGAUUCCUCCUAGUCCUCGUUGGUUGGCUAGCCAGGAUCGACAUGAAUGUGCACGCGAGGUUCUUACACGCCUUCAUGGAUCUGAGGCGGCAAAGCUGGAAAUGCAAGAGAUUAUGGCCUCGAUCGAGUUCGAGCACACUGUAAGCGAGGCGACUUGGAAAGACAUGUUCACUAUGCCCGUCUUGCACGUCACAAUCCUCGGAAUGUCGAUUCAAUUCUUCCAGCAAAUAACAGGUACGAACUCGAUACUCUACUACACGCCGUCUCUAUUUGAACGUGGUGGAAUCAAAGACCCCCACACCGCAAACCUGGCCACCGGCGGUGUCGGCAUCGUGCUGUUCGUUUUUUCUUGGGUGCCAAUAUUCUAUUUUGAUCGACUUGGUCGAAAGGUGUGGUUACAGAUAGGGACCGUUGGGAUGAUGGGCGCCAUGAUUGGUAUCACCGUGCUACAGUGGCACGCAGAACACAACCCGGAUGACAAGGCCAAUUACACAAUCAUCAUGUUUCCCUAUCUAUUCUACGUUUUUUUCAACAUCAGCUGGGGUGUCGGAUCAUGGACCUACGCAGCCGAAAUAUUCCCGGUUUCCAUGAGAGCCAAGGGUAAUGCUUUGACCACCGCGUCGCUAUGGAUAGCUUGCUAUAUCGUGGCACAGGCAAGCCCACCAAUUGCUGAUGCCAUCGGCUGGGGUCUCUAUAUUAUAUACACUGGGAUCUGUGUAGUGGCUUUCUUUUUCGUUCGAUACGCACUGGUUGAAACCCGGGGACGAACGCUGGAAGAAAUGUCCCAACUAUUUGGCAUCGAAAGACAGCUCGCAGAGCGCAGCGGCGUCAAGCCGUCAUCAACUUGCGAAGCAUCUGAUGAUGAGCAUGUAGAGCAUAUCGCGAGAGGCCCCGACGAGGACGCACGUGAAAACAAGCUCGGCCUUUGCAUUGGUGAAUACGCAUUCGGAUAG